AGUGAAUAAUCUAUCCUUCUAUAAAAAACAUGCGUGCAAAUGGAUAAGCUCGACGAUGACUUGAGAAUGUUACGUACUGUAUUAGACAAUUCUUAAUCUUAUGCUCGACUCAAUGUAGUCAAUCUUUUAUUCGUCUUGUGGAGUGAGAAAUGUAAAUAUAUUAGUAAGGUAAUCUCCCUUUAAAUGCGCCAACCCGGAAGUAAAAUUAUUUUUGUUGGAAUGACAGUGACAAUGAAGGGGAUGAUAUCGCUUACUUUAUCAGUGAUGCUCAUCAUGGAAAUGAAGUUCAUGGUAUUUUUUUGCAUUACCCCCGGGAUUGCUGUACAGGACAAUCAGAAUACGACCUGUCUGUUUAAUGUCAGCGUGCCGAGGGCUUCAGUCACCUAUUUUAUGGAUCGAUGCUCAAGAAAAACUACGACCUUGGGGUGGUGGUGGAAGAGAAAAGUUGUAGAAAGAUAUUUUAACUGUGUGAAGACUAGAAAAACAAUUAAUUUCAUUACUCGUCAGACCUUUCGAUGUUGUGAGGGGUACCAAAACAUCACUGGCAUAUGUACAAAAUUACCUUGUAACUCUACCACGUAUGGUGAGAACUGCACACUACCAUGUCCAUGUGUAGCCGGACAGUACCACAGAUGUGACGCAAAUGGAAGUUGUUUUUGUUCGCCGGGAUGGAUGGGGGAUAAUUGUUCAGAACCAUGUAAAUCAGGAAAAUACGGAGACAAAUGCCAGUUUGAAUGUUCUUGUGAAAAUAAUGCUACCUGUAAUCACGUGACCGGAAAUUGUGACUGCUCGUCGGUGAAUGGAUGGACCGGGGAAAUAUGUCAAGAAGAGUGUCAUGGUGGUUUUUAUGGUCCUAAUUGUUCACUACCCUGUAACUGUUCAAACUUUCAAGAUCCGGUCUGUCAUCCAGUGUCCGGGAAAUGCUUUUGUAGGAGCGGGAAAAGAGGUGAAAACUGUUCCUUAGGUUGUGAGAUGUAUAAUUUCGGACCAGAUUGUGCCCAUACGUGUGACUGUUUUAGGAACCAUUCCCUGUAUUGUAACUCCUCAAAUGGGGAUUGUGAAUGUAAAACAGGCUGGGUUGGAGAGAAAUGCGAGCAAGGAUGUGAUCCUUUUCAUUAUGGGGAUGAUUGUAGUAAAAAUUGCCCAUGUGAUGCCACUGAGAUUUGCGACAAUGAAAAUGGAACAUGCUCAUCAGCAAAUAUUUGCUUUUCGGAGUUUUCCUUAAACUGUUUACCAUCCUUCAUGCUGACCUGUGAGCAGUUAAAGGAAGGAUGUAACGCUAACGACGACGCUGAACUGUCACUUGGAAAAGACAUGAUAAAUAUAUGCUGUGAGAGUGAAUAUUUGCUGAACACAUCUCUCUGUAUAGCUGAGGGAGAUUGUAAAUGUAGAUCUGGUUUUAGUGGCAAAGCCUGUAAUGGGACUGUUUUGGAAGAAGAAGACAACAAAGAAUUUGCUGACCAACUGAAGUCUGGAGAAUCAUCAACAGUGGUUGCCACGGCCACUGUAAUUCCGGUUCUUAUAACAACAGCUGUUGUCGUAAUUGUUGUGUUAUGGCGUAGGAAAGUCGGCACCAAUGCAAAAAAGGAAGACAACAAAACUACCCACAAUCCAGUUUAUGGAAAACCUGCAUUGGAUACUGUUACAGGCCAAGGAUCAGAACAAAGAGCACAAGAGGAAAGCCAGUUAGAAAUGAAUAUUCUAAAUCGAGAUGAUGUGAACAAUUACGGGUACGACGUUUCUGUGAGGGAAUCCAGAAGUAAAGAAAAGGAAACAUAUUCU